AUGGUUCGCCGCUCUGUUCGCCUUGCGAAACCCGAAGACCGACCCCAGGUGCAAGCUUUCCAUGACCUAGAUACCGCCGCGGUCAGCGCCAAAAGCCAGAAACUCGAAGAAGCCACGCGUGCGCGAAAGAGGCAGCGAGUAGAGCAUGGCGAAUCCACCUCUUCGGCGGAUACCAUGAUCAAGGACGCUAUGGCUAGGUCGGAUAAUCUCCGAGACGGACAUGAGCCCACCCUCUAUCGGGGAAGUCAGCUCAACGCACAACUCUCGAAAGAUGAUCCGCGCAAUGAGAUUGUGGAGCGUAAUAGCUUGCAGUCUCCUUUGCUAUCUCUCCCAGCAGAAGUCCGUUGCAUCAUCUUCGAAUACGCUCUUGGCCACCAGCAUGUACACAUCCUCACUGACGACUACGACCCGGACGUUUCUGUUGAUCUCCCCGGGCCAGCUCGUUUCGGCGCAGAGCUACGUGCUACCAGCCAGACGGUGUCUAGUGCGCGAGCGCGACGGUUCCAUAACUGUGUGUUCCCAAUCGACUGGCAGUCUAGUUAUCGUUUCCGGCAGUACAAAUCGCGCCCAUACACUCGAGGCCCUCCUUGGAUCCUGAGAGACGAGGCCGAACGUGUUAUCACCGCGACCAAGGAUCGCAUGACUCUGUUACAGGUUGUUUGUCGCCAAAUUUAUCACGAGACUCGCUUUAUCCCGUAUGAGUUGAACGAGUUCUCUUUCCAGGACGAGAUGACAAUGAAGGAUUGGUUCCGCGAGCGAGCGGCUGCUCAGAAACGGGCUAUCAAUACGAUGUGGUUCGAUCACGAAUGGGAGCGCAGUCACACGGUCGUGCCUGUAAAAGACCGCUUCUCCAAGCUCAUCCUGAACGGUGUGCCCGAAUCGGCGGAAUGGACUUCAAUCCGACAAACGAAGAACUACCAAACCAACUCGGGUGUCACUUCUGUCACUAGCUCCGACAUGCGCUGUUUCCAGAACCGUCCUGGAACGGGUACCGCAGUUGUCGCUGCUGGUGAUAACCUCGGCUUCGUUGCAGAGACAUCGAUCACCCACUUCGGACCAGUGCAGUUCUAUAUGGCGAAAGUACCAGAUAGUGCGAAUAUUAACACUUGGGAGCCGACAGGUAACGUUUGGUUCAAAGCGGCGAGUAUAAGCGCAGUGGGAAGUCCGUUGACAAGUGGAGAGAGCACAUGGCCUGCGUAUGGGAAGUCGCAAGUACAAUUCCAGAUCCCUAAGAACGUGCCGAGUGGGAAGUACCUUGUUCGUGUAGAGUCCAUCGCCCUCCACCAAGCUCAGUCAGUCGGCGGCGCGCAGAUGUAUCUUUCUUGUGCGCAAAUCGAAAUUACCGGCGGUGGUAAUGGACAGCCUGGGCCUCUAGUUGCGUUCCCUGGAGCAUACAAUGCAAACGAUCCUGGCCUGAGGUGGUCGUACUAUCCGAUCGCUACGAGCUACACUGCGCCUGGACCUGCUGUGUGGAAAGGCAACUGA